AUGACACUCGGAGGCGAGAGUGGGAAACCAGUGUACGUGCAGCUCCCGGAGCUGGGCGGCCACUCGCGCAAGGCGUAUGCACUGGGUUUCAACUGCGACGGGUCCAUGCUGGCCUCCGGCUCGAACGACCGCAGCAUCCGCAUCUGGAACCCUGCCUCUGAGCGCGAGCUGAUGGAGCUCCGAGGCCACUCUGAAGCAAUUCUGUCGCUGGCGUGGGAUCCCACGGCGUCUCAUAGUCUGGCGAGCACGGGCGCCGACAAGACCGUGCGCUUCUGGGACACCAAGACCGGCCGCAUGGUCGCUAGCGUCUCGCUGCCCAGCGACGCCGUCAAUAUUGCUUAUCGACAUGACGCCAAGUAUGUCGUCGUGGGUAAUCUGGACUGCAUCACGCUCAUUGACUCGCGCAAGGCGCGUGUGGUGCGGCGCGUGGUGAAUCCGUUCGAGUCGUACGAGAUGCAGUUCAGCAAGACGGGGUUCCUCUUUGUGGCCGCUGGUCAUGCUGCCGGAUUCGGUACCUUUGAAAUCAUGCGGGUGGUCGCCGAGAAGAAAGGAAACCCGAAUCUGGAGAGCGCGCACAAGGUUACGGCACAUGCAGGAAGCUGCGUUUGCUUGGACCUUCAUCCGUCGGGAAGAUACUUGGCGCUAGGCGGACUGGAUUCGCUCGUGAGCCUCUGGGACUUGGAAGAACUUUACUGCGCUAAAACGUUCGUAGUGACAACCUCAAGCAUCCGCUUUGUUCGCUUUAGCUACGACGGCAAGUUUCUCGCGAUUGGCAUGGAAGACCCCAAUUUGCUUGUGGUGGACGUAGAAAGUGGCGAGGAAGUCGUGAAUCUGCAACUUCAGAACAACCUGCAGUACUUGAGUUGGCAUCCCAGCAAAAACCUGCUGGCAUAUGUUGGUGACAAGGCUUCAAGCGAGAAGCACUCCAACCGCGACGGUGUCAUUAAAAUGAUCGAGCUAAAGGAAUAG